GUAGCAACCGCGGCAGCGGCGGCGGCGAGUCCUUAGCGAGACUGCACCAUUUUCUCUCGCCCUGCAUAGAGGUGUGGUUGCAAGCGGCAGCGAACUCCCCACCCCCUAGGACUUUCACCGAGGUGGCCUCUUCCUGGCUCCAGUCUGAAGACAGACUGUCUGGAGGAGUCCUCCAAGACCGUUCCAACUGGUGAUGAGAGCCUAAGGAAGGCUUUUGCAACUAUUAGGAUGCUGGUCUGCGCUCGGGGCCACCCAACUGCUGAGGAGCUCCGGGUCCAGAGCUCCGCCCUCCCCUGGGACCAUUGCUGAGCGUGGGCGCUCACCUGUGUGUGCCUGUGUGUAGGUGUGUGCUACUGAGGGGUUCGGCUGGCAACCUGGGGGACACGAGUGAAUGAUGGGUGCUGCAGAGGCUGGAGCAAGAUUAUGACCUAGCUCGGGGGCGGAGUGGAUUAUUUUGUGAGUGUUCUGGCUGCCGGCCAUUCCUCUGCUGGGGAAAAUCACAUCUCCACAGAGCAGUAAAAUCACCUGUAUUGCUGGGGAGUGGAAAGUGAUCCUCUGCUGAUUUCGUCUGCAAAAAUGGCUCACGCUGCUGCUUCUAUCAAAAAAGUUCGAGAGGCUGAUCUGGAUGAAAAGGAAAAAAAUCUGGAGAGGGAGAGAAAAAAACAACGGAAAAUCCCCAGGGAGCGAAUGGAGCGGAAAAGAAAGUCUGACAGCAAUGCCAGCUUCCUCCGUGCUGCCCGAGCAGGCAACCUGGACAAAGUUGUGGAAUAUCUGAAGGGGGGCAUCGACAUCAACACCUGCAAUCAGAAUGGACUCAAUGCUCUCCAUCUGGCAGCCAAGGAAGGUCAUGUGGGCCUCGUGCAGGAGCUUCUGGGAAGAGGGUCCUCCGUGGAUUCUGCCACUAAGAAGGGAAAUACUGCUCUUCACAUUGCGUCACUGGCUGGACAAGCGGAAGUUGUCAAGGUGCUAGUUAAAGAAGGAGCCAAUAUCAACGCACAGUCACAGAAUGGCUUCACUCCUUUGUAUAUGGCUGCCCAAGAGAAUCAUAUUGAUGUUGUUAAAUACUUGCUAGAAAAUGGAGCUAAUCAGAGCACUGCUACAGAGGAUGGCUUUACUCCUCUCGCUGUGGCACUUCAGCAGGGACACAACCAGGCGGUGGCCAUCCUCUUGGAGAAUGACACCAAAGGGAAGGUGAGGCUGCCGGCUCUGCACAUUGCGGCUCGGAAAGAUGACACCAAGUCUGCAGCCCUCCUGCUUCAGAACGAUCACAACGCUGAUGUACAAUCCAAGAUGAUGGUGAAUAGGACAACUGAGAGUGGCUUCACCCCUUUGCACAUAGCUGCUCACUAUGGAAACGUCAAUGUGGCGACUCUUCUUCUAAACCGAGGAGCCGCGGUGGACUUCACGGCCAGGAAUGGAAUUACUCCCCUGCAUGUGGCUUCCAAAAGGGGAAAUACCAACAUGGUGAAGCUCCUACUGGAUAGAGGUGGCCAGAUUGAUGCCAAAACUAGGGAUGGGCUGACACCACUUCACUGUGCUGCACGAAGUGGGCAUGACCAGGUGGUGGAGCUGCUGCUGGAACGGGGUGCUCCCUUGCUGGCAAGGACCAAGAAUGGGCUGUCUCCACUACACAUGGCUGCUCAGGGGGACCACGUGGAAUGUGUAAAGCACCUGCUACAGCACAAGGCACCUGUAGAUGACGUCACCCUGGAUUACCUGACGGCCCUGCAUGUUGCUGCACACUGUGGCCACUACCGUGUCACCAAACUCCUUCUGGACAAGAGAGCCAACCCGAAUGCGAGAGCCCUGAAUGGUUUUACUCCACUGCACAUUGCCUGCAAGAAAAACCGCAUCAAAGUCAUGGAACUGCUGGUGAAAUAUGGGGCUUCAAUCCAAGCUAUAACAGAGUCUGGCCUCACACCAAUACAUGUGGCUGCCUUCAUGGGCCACUUGAACAUUGUCCUCCUUCUGCUGCAGAACGGAGCCUCUCCAGAUGUCACUAACAUUCGUGGUGAGACCGCACUUCACAUGGCAGCCCGGGCUGGGCAGGUGGAAGUGGUCCGAUGUCUCCUGAGGAAUGGUGCUCUCGUGGAUGCCAGAGCCAGGGAGGAACAGACUCCUUUACAUAUUGCCUCCCGACUGGGUAAGACAGAAAUUGUCCAGCUGCUUCUACAACAUAUGGCUCAUCCAGAUGCAGCCACUACAAAUGGGUACACACCACUGCACAUAUCUGCUCGGGAAGGGCAGGUGGAUGUGGCCUCUGUCCUCCUGGAAGCCGGAGCAGCACACUCCUUAGCUACCAAGAAGGGUUUCACUCCCCUGCAUGUAGCAGCCAAGUAUGGAAGCCUGGAUGUGGCAAAACUUCUCUUGCAGCGCCGCGCAGCCGCAGAUUCAGCAGGGAAGAAUGGCCUUACCCCGCUCCAUGUUGCUGCUCAUUAUGACAACCAGAAGGUGGCGCUGCUGCUGCUGGAGAAGGGUGCUUCCCCUCAUGCCACUGCCAAGAAUGGUUAUACUCCUUUACACAUUGCUGCCAAGAAGAAUCAGAUGCAGAUAGCUUCCACACUACUGAACUAUGGAGCUGAGACUAACACUGUGACGAAGCAAGGGGUCACUCCACUGCAUCUGGCCUCACAAGAGGGGCACACAGAUAUGGUCACCUUGCUUCUGGAAAAAGGAGCCAAUAUCCACAUGUCAACCAAGAGUGGGCUCACGUCCUUGCACCUCGCAGCCCAGGAAGAUAAAGUGAACGUUGCUGACAUCCUCACCAAACACGGGGCUGACCAGGACGCCUCCACAAAGCUUGGUUAUACUCCUUUAAUCGUGGCCUGUCACUAUGGAAAUGUGAAAAUGGUCAACUUUCUUCUCAAACAGGGAGCAAAUGUCAAUGCAAAAACCAAGAAUGGCUACACACCUUUGCACCAAGCUGCCCAACAGGGACACACACACAUCAUUAAUGUCCUGCUCCAGCACGGGGCCAAGCCAAAUGCCACCACUGCGAAUGGUAACACAGCCCUGGCGAUUGCUAAGCGGCUGGGCUACAUCUCCGUGGUUGACACCCUGAAGGUUGUGACUGAAGAGGUCACCACCACCACCACAACUAUCACAGAAAAACACAAGCUGAAUGUUCCUGAGACGAUGACGGAGGUCCUUGAUGUUUCUGAUGAAGAGGCUCUUAAGCAGUUUGGUGACCGCUUUAUUGAUGGGGAGACGCUUAGUGAUUCAGGAGAUGACACCAUGACCGGGGACGGAGGAGAAUACCUUAGGCCAGAAGAUCUCAAAGAACUCGGCGAUGACUCCCUGCCCAGCAGUCAGUUCCUGGAUGGCAUGAACUACCUUCGGUACAGCCUGGAGGGAGGGAGAUCUGACAGCCUCCGAUCCUUCAGUUCCGACAGGUCUCACACUCUGAGCCAUGCAUCGUACCUGAGGGACAGUGCCAUGAUUGACGACACGGUUGUGAUUCCCAGCCACCAGGUGUCGGCUCUAGCCAAGGAGGCAGAAAGGAAUUCUUAUCGUCUGAGCUGGGGCACCGAGAACUUAGACAACGUGGCUCUUUCUUCCAGUCCUAUUCAUUCAGGCCGCACCUCUCCAUGUCUUGAUCGUGACAACAGCAGUUUCCUGGUCAGUUUUAUGGUGGAUGCCCGUGGUGGUGCCAUGAGAGGCUGCAGACACAAUGGACUCAGAAUCAUUAUCCCACCUCGGAAAUGCACAGCGCCAACUCGAGUCACCUGCCGCCUAGUGAAACGCCAUAGACUGGCAACCAUGCCACCAAUGGUGGAAGGAGAAGGCCUGGCCAGCCGUCUGAUUGAAGUGGGACCCUCUGGAGCUCAGUUCCUUGGUAAACUUCACCUGCCAACGGCUCCUCCCCCACUUAAUGAGGGAGAAAGUUUGGUCAGCCGCAUCCUUCAGCUGGGGCCUCCUGGAACCAAAUUCCUUGGGCCCGUGAUUGUGGAGAUUCCUCACUUCGCUGCCUUGCGAGGGAAGGAGAGGGAGCUGGUGGUUCUGCGCAGUGAGAAUGGGGACAGCUGGAAAGAGCACUUCUGUGAAUACACUGAAGAGGAACUGAACGAAAUCCUGAAUGGCAUGGAUGAAGUGCUGGACAGUCCCGAGGACCUGGAAAAGAAACGAAUCUGCCGCAUCAUCACCCGAGACUUCCCACAGUACUUUGCGGUGGUGUCACGCGUCAAACAGGACAGCAACCUGAUUGGUCCAGAGGGCGGAGUGCUGAGCAGCACUGUGGUGCCCCAGGUGCAGGCAGUCUUCCCUGAGGGCGCACUCACCAAGCGCAUCCGUGUAGGCCUGCAGGCUCAACCUAUGCACAGCGAGUUGGUGAAGAAGAUCCUAGGCAACAAAGCAACCUUCAGCCCUAUAGUCACUUUGGAACCCAGGAGAAGGAAAUUUCACAAGCCUAUUACUAUGACAAUUCCUGUCCCCAAAGCCUCAAGUGAUGUCAUGCUGAAUGGUUUUGGGGGAGACGCACCAACCUUAAGAUUACUAUGUAGCAUAACAGGUGGAACCACGCCUGCGCAGUGGGAAGACAUCACAGGAACUACACCACUAACAUUUGUCAAUGAAUGUGUUUCCUUUACAACCAACGUGUCUGCCAGGUUCUGGCUGAUAGACUGUCGACAGAUUCAGGAAUCUGUUUCGUUUGCAUCACAAGUGUAUAGAGAAAUUAUCUGUGUACCGUAUAUGGCCAAAUUUGUAGUGUUUGCCAAAUCCCAUGACCCCAUUGAAGCCAGGUUGCGGUGUUUCUGUAUGACAGAUGAUAAAGUUGAUAAGACACUUGAGCAACAAGAAAACUUCUCUGAGGUGGCCAGGAGCAGGGAUGUGGAGGUAUUAGAAGGAAAACCUAUUUAUGUUGAUUGUUUUGGCAACCUGGUACCACUAACCAAGAGUGGCCAACAUCAUAUAUUCAGUUUUUUUGCAUUCAAAGAAAACAGACUUCCUCUCUUUGUCAAGGUGCGGGAUACGACUCAGGAACCCUGCGGGCGACUAUCAUUUAUGAAGGAACCAAAAUCUACAAGAGGACUGGUGCACCAGGCCAUUUGCAACUUAAACAUCACCCUGCCAAUCUAUGCGAAGGAAUCGGAGUCAGAUCAAGAGCAGGAGGAAGAGAUCGGUAUGACAUCAGAAAAAAAUGAUGGGACAGAAUCAUCAGAAACAUCUGUCCUGAAAAGCCACCUGGUUAAUGAAGUUCCUGUCUUAGCAAGUCCGGACUUGCUCUCUGAAGUUUCUGAGAUGAAACAAGACUUGAUCAAAAUGACUGCCAUCUUGACCACAGAUGUGUCUGAUAAGGCAGGUUCUAUCAAAGUGAAGGAGCUGGCCAAGGCCGCUGAAGAAGAGCCAGGCGAACCAUUCGAAAUUGUUGAGAGAGUUAAGGAGGAUUUAGAGAAAGUGAAUGCAAUCCUGAGGAGUGGAACCUGCGUGAAAGAUGAAGGCAGAGUACAGAGUUCUCAGUCUGAGCGGGAGCUAGAAGAGGAAUGGGUCCUAGUCAGUGAUGAGGAAAUUGAAGAGGCCAAGCAACAUGCACCUGUAGACAUCACUGAACAGCCCUGUAUAGAAGUCAGAGUAGACAGGGAGACCAAGGUCAAAUCAGUGAAGGACUCCACGGAGUUAGUGAACUUCCUUACAGAUGACCUCAAUUCAUACACUUCUCCUCAUGAAAAGAAGCCACAAGCAGCUCGAGAAAAGUCAGGGGAGACAAGUCAGGCGUCAGCUGUGGGCAAGAGUUCUGAGAGUCCUAAAGGGAAGGCUGUGCCAGCAGAGGAGAAGCAGAGUGCCCAGAAGCAGCCCAAACCCAGCCUGGUGAUAAAGAAGCCAGUUCGGAGGAAACUCAAAGAAAAGCAGAAACAGAAAGAGGAGAGUGCCCAAGGCGGCGAAGAAACACCGGAACUCGGGAAAGGUAGUUCAGAGGAGUCGGUGGAUGAAGAGCGAGGCCUGGCCCCCGAACCGCUUCCCACUGCCAAGGCCACCUCUCCUCUGAUAGAAGAGACUCCUAUCGGUUCCAUAAAGGACAAAGUAAAGGCUCUUCAGAAGCGAGUGGAAGAUGAGCAGAAAGGUCGAAGCAAGCUGCCGGUCAGAGUCAAAGGCAAAGAGGAUGUGCCUAAAAAGACCACGCCCAGGACGUACCCGGCGGUGACACCCUCUUCAAAGCCCUCUCCUUCCUCUAAGACAGAACGGUACUCUUCCCUUUCUUCCUCCGCAAAAACGGAAAGACACUCACCAGUGUCGCCCUCGGCAAAAACCGAGAAACACUCACCUGUGUCGCCCUCGGCAAAAACCGAACGACAUUCGCCAGGAUCGUCAGGUAAAGCUGAGAAACAUUCACCUGGAUCCCCCUCAACAAAAAAUGAAAGGCAUUCUCCUGUGUCAUCUAUAAAAACGGAACGACACACACCUGUGUCACCUUCAGGCAAAACAGACAAACGUCCACCAGUACCAUCAUCUGGAAGGACAGAGAAACAUCCUCCAGUGUCGCCCGGGAGGACAGAAAAGCGCUUGCCAGUUUCACCUUCUGCCAGAACCUCAGAGAAGCAGGCACUUGUGUCGACCGCUGGGAAAAAUGAGAAGCACCUGCCUGUGUCACCUGGGAAGACAGAAAAGCAGCCACCUGUCUCUCCCACCUCUAAAACAGAACGAAUCGAGGAGACAAUGUCUGUCCGGGAGUUGAUGAAAGCGUUCCAGUCAGGUCAGGACCCAUCUAAACACAAAACAGGACUCUUUGAGCACAAAGCAGCAAAGCAAAAACAGUCCCAAGACAAAAGUAAAACUCGGGUAGAAAAAGAGAAGGGGCACACAGUAACCCAGAGAGACUCUCAGAGGGGAGAAAACCAGACAAUCAAGCGUGGCCAGAGAUUUCCAGUGGCAGCAGCUUCAGAAUCCAGAAGAUUCCGUUCUUCCACCAUCACUGUUGGGCUCAGGACAGAAGAUCCGGUCAGAGAAAAAUUUGAGAAAGCCCCCAUUAUUAAAACUCCUGAGCCGGUUCCAUCAGUGGUGGCAGAAGAGAGCCGUCGGGGCAGUGAGACCCUUCAAGACAAGAUGGUGGAUGAGCAAGGAGACAUGGACCUUCAGAUCAGCCCAGACAGGAAAACCUCCACUGACUUUUCUGACAUCAUCAAGCAAGAGUUAGAAGACAAUGACAAAUACCAGGAAUUCCGCCUCACUGAGGAGACAGAAAAGGCUCAGGUUCACUUAGACCAAGUAAUCACGAGUCCUUUCAACACAACAUUUCCACUCGAUUACAUGAAAGAUGAGUUCCUUCCAGCUCUGUCUCUGCAGAGUGGUGCUAUGGGUGGCAGUUCUGAAAGCCUGAAACAGGAAGUGGUAGCAGGCUCGCCCUGUGGCAGCCUGAUGGAAGGCACCCCUCAGAUCAGUUCUGAAGAGAGCUACAAGCAUGAGGGCCUAGCGGAGACUCCCGAGACAAGUCCAGAGAGUCUUUCUUUCUCACCAAAGAAAAGUGAGGAACAAAUUGGAGAGAUCAAGGAAGCCAAGGCGGAAACACCCACUGAAAUUCAUUCAGAAAAAGUGUUUCCUAUCACUAAAGACAUUACCGAUAGUUCUGAAACAGAAGGUGCUGUGGCCACUGGGGGUUCAGAGCCUUCUACUGAGCAUUUUCACAAGGUCACCCAAGACCCUUCCCAAGAUGCAUGCUCCAAACAAGAUGGUUGCCCUAGCAGCCACAGUGUAUCAUUAGCAGAUGAAACUUGCCAGGCAUUUACCGAGAAAGGGUCCUGUGAUGAAAGUCAGCUCCCCCUUGUUAGUUCAGCUUCUAGGCCACAACCAGAAAGUGAAACUCAGGAAUCCACAACUCCUUCCAAGGUGACAAAGGCCUUCCCACCAUCUGAUGCUUCUGUGAAGACAGGUGAGGGAACAGAACCAAAGCCCCAGGGAGCCAUUAGAAGUCCCCAAGGGUUAGAACUUCCACUCCCUAGCCGGGAUAGUGAGGUCCUCAGCCCAGUGGCUGAUGAAUCACUAGCAGUGAGCCACAAAGACUCUUUAGAAGCCAGCCCUGUGCUGGAAGAUAACUCCUCCCACAAAACUCCUGAUUCUCUUGAACCAAGUCCUCUGAAAGAGUCUCCUUGCAGGGACUCCCUUGAAAGCAGCCCAGUUGAGCCUAAAAUGAAAGCAGGAAUUCUCCCAAGUCACUUUCCUCUCCCUGCAGCUAUUGCCAAAACAGAUCUUGUUUCCGAAGUGGCUUCCAUGCGUUCUCGGCUGCUCCGAGACCCUGAUGGCAGUGCUGAGGAUGAUAGUCUUGAACAGACGUCACUCAUGGAGAGCUCAGGGAAAAGCCCCCUCUCCCCUGACACUCCCAGCUCUGAAGAAGUUAGCUAUGAGGUCACACCCAAGACUUCAGAUUCAAGUACACCCAAACCAGCUGUGAUCCAUGAAUGUGCAGAGGAGGAGGACUCUGAAAAUGGGGAGAAAAAGAGGUUCACACCAGAAGAGGAAAUGUUCAAAAUGGUAACCAAAAUUAAGACAUUUGAUGAACUUGAGCAAGAAGCAAAGCAGAAAAGGGAUUACAAAAAAGAACCCAGGCAAGAUGGAUCCUCUUCGGCCUCGGAUCCUGAUGCUGACUGUUCGGUAGAAGUGGAUGAACAGAAACCAAUGGAGCACAUGGCUGAUGAGAGUGAGGUCCCUGUCGUAGUGACUUCAGAGAGCAGAAAACCGUCUUCCUCCUCUGAAAGUGAACCCGAGCUGACCCAGCUGAGCAAAGGUGCUGACUCAGGACUUCUGGCAGAGCCAGUUAUUCGAGUGCAACCUCCGUCUCCCCUGCCUUCCAGCAUAGACUCUAAUUCCAGCCCCGAAGAAUCACAGUUCCAGCCGAUAGUUUCCAAACAGUACACGUUCAAGAUGAAUGAGGAGAUUCAAGAAGAGCCGGGUAACUCAGAAGAUGACAGAGACUGUGAAUCUCAUUUAGCUGAAGGCAGUCAGGCUCGUUCUACUGAUGGUGUUGAUAGGUCUUCUGAUGAUCUGGACAGAGAGGCUCAUCAGUCAGAAACCUGUGAUGGUCACGGUUGUGAGGCUGUGAGUCCUAGCAACUCAACCCCCCUUGCUUCCCUAGGAGUUCAGAGUCCAACACUGAAUGAUGCUGAUGAGCAGCUGGCCAUGGAUAAAGGGUCACUGGCUCCCCAGGACACUUGUGAAAAUGACCCAAAAGGAAGAGAGGUUGAUCCUUCUGGAGUAGAAUCUACACGAGCAGAUUUCCCCAGUGAAAGCUCUUCCUUGUCUUCUUUGUCUCAUUGUGCAGUAUCUGAAAGAAAGGAAUCAGCUAAAGAAAUACCCUCUCCAUCCUCCACUGGAAAAGUAGAGGUCGCCAUAACUGACCAGGCUUUGGAAAGCAGGUCAAAGGACUGGCCCACUCAAGACUCAUCUACCACAACUCAAACAGAUAGGUUUGCCAUGGACGUUCCAAUGUCUGAUUUAGCUGAGACUGAUGAAAAUUCUGAUCCUCAAAUAACCAGCCCCUAUGAAAAUGUUCCUUCCUCAUCAUUUUUCUCUGGGGAGGACAGCAAAAUACAAACGGAUACAUGUCGUACCACAGUUGUUUGUUCACCUGAAGUGUAUUCUGUUGUCAUCAGAGCCUCUGCUGAGGAUGUUGUAACAGCAGCCUCCUCUAGCAGAACUGUCUCCAGCCAAGAAUCGCAUUUUGAGAGCCAUGACCUGGAAACUGAACCUGAGCAAAACAGUACCUUGAUGGGCAUGCAGUCAAAUGGACCUUCCUCACCUGUAGCCCCCACUACACCAAACGCACCGGCCGUCAUUGGUGAGCAAGUGAGCAAAGUCAUCAUUACAAAAACUGACGUGGAUUCUGACUCCUGGAGUGAGAUCCGUGAAGAUGACGAAGCGUUUGAAGCUCGGGUGAAAGCGGAAGAGCAGAAGAUAUUUGGUUUGAUGGUAGACAGACAGUCACGGGGUACCACUCCCGAUACCACUCCUGCUAGGACUCCCACCGAAGAGGGGACCCCAACAAGUGAACAGAACCCAUUCCUCUUUCAGGAAGGAAAGUUGUUUGAGAUGACCCGAAGCGGUGCCAUCGACAUGACCAAAAGGUCCUAUGCGGAUGAAAGUUUGCACUUUUUCCAAAUUGGUCAAGGUUCCAAUGAAGAGACUCUCUCCGAAGACCUGAAGGAAGGGGCCACAGGGGCUGAGCUGUCACAGCUGGAAAACACAAGCGAGUCACUGGAACUUUCAGAAUCCAAAGAAGCAGUGGAUGAUGAGGGAGAAUUACUUCCUGAUGAUGUGAGUGAGGAAAUAGAGGAAUCAGCUGCCUCAGAUCAUAACCUUGACUCUCAAGUGAUGGUUUCAGCUUCCAUGGAAAUGCCCACAAGAGAGGCUGAAUCCACAGCAGUUGAGGACCUCCCCACCAUGCAGUUGAGUGACACAUCUUCUCUGAGCACUGUGAAGCAGAUGCCUUGCCCUGCCUUCCCCCAACCUGUUGUUCAGUUGGACUUCAACACAGUCACUAGGUCUGUUCAUUCAGAUCGGGAUGACGAGUCCCUGGACUCUUCUCCGGAGGAACAGAAGUCUGUGAUUGAGAUCCCUACUGCACCCAUGGAAAAUGUGCCUUCUGCUGAAAGCAAACCUCAAAUUCCUGUAAGGACUCUCCCUACUUCAGGCCCAGUCCCUCCAUCAGCAGAGGAUGAGAGCGCAUUUUCUGAUGAGUUCCCAUCUGGUAUGGAUGAGGAAAGUAAGGAUGAUGAAGCAAAACCAAAGUCCAAAAUCCCCAUCAAAGCACCCACCCAAAGACCUGAGUGGCAGCUCUCCCACCCAGACACAUCUUUCCAGAAGACAGCUGUUCCCCAGGGACAGGGCACACUAAGCAGAGCACCAGACGGUAGAAGCAAAUCUGAAUCAGAUGCUAGUCCUUCAGAUGCUAAGACCAAAUGCCCAGUAAAAGCCAGAAGUUACAUUGAGACAGAAACAGAGAGCAGGGAGAGGGCAGAAGGGUUUGACUCAGAAUCUGAAGAGGGGGCCACAAAACCAAAGCUGUUUGCAUCCCGAUUGCCAGUUAAGAGCAGAAGCACCCCAUCUUCCAGCAGGACAGGCAUGAGCCCCACAAAAGAGAGUAGGGAGCAUUUCUUUGACCUUUAUAGAAACUCCAUAGAAUUCUUUGAGGAGAUUAGUGACGAAGCUUCCAAAUUAGUGGACAGGCUCACACAGUCAGAAAGGGAGCAGGAGCCACCUUCAGAUGACGAAAGUAGUAGUGCCCUAGAAGUGUCAGUCAUUGAGAAUCUGCCACCUGUUGAGACUGAGCAUUCAGUUCCUGAGGACAUCUUUGACACAAGGCCCAUUUGGGAUGAGUCCAUUGAGACUAUGAUUGAACGCAUCCCUGAUGAAAAUGGCCAUGACCAAGCUGAAGAUCCCCAAGAUGAGCAGGAGCGGAUUGAAGAAAGGCUGGCUUACAUUGCUGAUCAUCUUGGCUUCAGCUGGACAGAAUUAGCAAGAGAACUAGAUUUCACUGAGGAGCAAAUUCACCAAAUUCGAAUUGAGAAUCCCAACUCCCUUCAAGACCAGAGCCAUGCACUGCUGAAGUACUGGCUGGAGAGGGAUGGGAAGCAUGCCACAGAUACUAUCCUCAUUGAAUGUCUCACAAAGAUCAACAGGAUGGAUAUUGUACAUCUCCUGGAGACCAACACAGAACCCCUCCAGGAGCGCUUGGGCCACAGCUAUGCAGAAAUGGAGCAGACCAUUGUAUUGGACAACAGUGAAGGCUUUUCAGUACUUCAAGAAGAGCUCUGUGCUGCCCGGCACAGGCAGAAAGAGGGGCAGGUGGCUUCCAAAGAGAGCGAGUCCAGUGACCACCCACCCAUGGUCUCGGAAGAAGACAUUUCUGUUGGUUAUUCCACAUUUCAGGACUGCAUCCCCAAAACUGAGGGGGACAGCCCAGCAGCAGCGCUCUCUCCCCAAAUGCACCCAGAACCAGCUCAACAAGAUUUCUCAGGGAAAAUGCAAGACCAGCAGGAAUACUAUGUGACAACACCAGGGACCGAAGCGGCAGAGACUCAAAAGGCCACAGCAGUUUCUGGCUCUCUCUGUAAGACUCCUGAGGAUGUCAGUACCACUCCUGAGGAAGCAAAGCCUUGUCUCCAGACCCCAGUGACCAGCGAGCAUGCUUCUCCCAUUGUGCAAGAACCUGAGGAGGUUCCUGAGCCCAAAGAGGAGAGGUCUCCAAGGAAGACCAGCCUGGUGAUAGUAGAGUCUGCAGAUGACCAGCCACAGGUCUUGGAAAGACUCGAUGAUGAUGUGGCCUUUCAAAAGGAGCUAACAGAGGAAUUAGGGGAGCUGGAGGCCAGCUCUGAUGAGGAGGCCAUGGUAACUACCAGGGUUGUCCGCCGGAGAGUGAUUAUUCAGGGAGAAGAUAUGCCUGACAUACCCCCAGAAACUGUCACAGAAGAAGAAUAUGUUGAUGAGAAUGGACACACGGUGGUAAAGAAGGUUACCCGGAAAAUCAUUAGGCGGUACGUAUCCUCUGAUGGCAUGGAGAAGGAGGAGAUUACCAUGCAGGGAAUGCCACAGGAGCCAGUCAACAUUGAGGAUGGGGACAGCUACUCCAAAGUGAUAAAGCGUGUGGUAUUGAAGAGUGACACCCAGCAGUCAGAGGUGACCUUGUCUGAACCCAGCAUUUUGUCCAGUACCUCACAGUUUCAGGCUGAACCAGUAGAAGGCCGUAGAGUCAGCAAAGUUGUUAAAACAACAAUGGUACAUGGAGAAAGAAUGGAGAAAAUCCUGGGAGACUCUAGCUUAGCCACUGACCUUCCUUCAGCCAAAGAUGACUUUGAAGAGGCUUUGGGUUACACAGGGAGCCACAUGAAAGUCCAUUUCCCCAGUUUAGUAGAGAAUGAAAUCCUGAAGGAGGAUGGAUCAAUAAUUAAGAGGACAACAAUGAAUAAAGCCAGUACACAGAAGAGGGCUGUGGUGAAGGACCAGCAGGGGAAACACAUCAACUUGGAGCACCUGGAGGAUGUUCCCGGAGCACUAGACCAAGACGACCUCCAGAGAGACCUCCAGCAACUCCUUCGGCAUUUCUGCAAGGAGAGCACAAAGCAAGAGGCCAAAUGAGGAGCUGCCCAGUUCUCACCAGAAGCCACACACCCACUCAAUAUGCAACUUCCCAUUUCCUCACAGGAGUGACCUACGUGGCCUAAUUACUGGGAUCCCGAGACAUUUCCACUCUCGGCCAAUACACACAGCAUUUUCUUUUGCUUCCUUCUCCCCCUACUCUCUCUAACUAUAAGCUAAUUUGUGACCAAAGAUAGCAUCCUUCAUUCUGGAUGCUGUAUUCAACUAUUUUGAGCAUCCAUGCUAGCCUGGGAACUGGCACCUCCAUUGUUCUUUGCUUCUGCACAAGCUCCAUGAAAAUCCGUGAAUCAGGAGAACUUCACCUGCAGACUUCUUCAAGUGACAAGAGGGGAAUCCUCCCGAGGAUAUCCGUGCAUACUGUAUAUAGCUGAAAUUCUCAGACGUACAACAGAGUAAAGUUUAAACCACUGCCUGUCAUAAUCACACUGGGCAUCAGGAAAUAAAAGCCUCUUGAGAUUGCUGAACAAUGGUUAAUUAAGAUAUUGCUAACACAGUUGAAGGGUAAUGCCGUUCUAUGGAAGGGACACUUCAGACCUAGACAUGUCCUUAGCGCUUCCAGAGUAGCCAUUGCUCCUAAAGGCAGGAUCACAACCUUGAAGACUGAUCCCAAGGAGCUGUCUCUAGUACUGGUCAGCCAUUGCUGAUGGCUCUCCGACUGCCACCCUGAGGGAGGAGAAGAAGGGCGCACAGGUGAGCAGGUGGAAACAAUGAGGUAUUCUGGUGCUAGAAGCUGCAUGGGUGGCAUUCUAGCGCUUUCAGGUGUUUUUGAUUUUGGACACGUUGGCAGGGUAUUUGAAAAGCUAUAACUACUGUAGUUUUCCAGUGUUCAUUGCUGCUUUAGCAAACCACGCUGUCUUACUGGUGGUACGUUCUUCUGGCCACUGCACUGUAGAUAAUUCAUGGAAACAAGAUUUAUGAGCCACACACAAUGUUAAAUGCUGUCACCAUGUUGGAGUGGUUUCUUUUCUUAUCUUUUUUUUUUUUUUAAACCCCACCUCCAGAUGUAUCUCUUAAUACCUGCAUGUGGCAUUAAACGAGAGCGCGUGCGCGCGCGCGCGCGCGCGCGCGCGCACGCACACACACACACACACACACACACACACACUCAGCCCUUCUUAUCACACUAAUGAUUUUCACUCUGGGCUUUCACUUUCUAGCUAUGUCUGCUUUUCAGUUUGCAGACGAGAUUGAGAAAUCCUUGAAAAAUUUGGUUUUGAUUAAUUUUUUUAUUUAUUUAUUUGAGACCCAGACACCCUCGGAAACUGAAGUGCGUUUGUGUAACUUUCUGUUUGUUUCAGAGAAGGGACAAUGACAGUCUGAGUGAUUCCCAUGCCCGACGUCUAAUCCCUCUAGUGGUUGAAGCUGUGUAGCAUUUUAACAUAUAUAUAUAUAUAUUCACAAAUAUAUUCAUAUAAACAGUAUACGUUUUGAAUCAGUUAUUUGUUAAAGAAAAGUAUAUUCAAUGAAGAUGAAAUUUAAAAAGAAAGAAAGAAAGAAAGAAAGAAAGAAAGAAAGAAAGAAAGAAAGAAAGAAAAGAAAACAGUGUGCUCUCCUGAGACUGAACUUCUUCCGAUCCUAUCUGGCCUUUUCCUGCGUGCAGAACUGACUCAUUGCUCGGAAUGUCAAACACAAACGAGACAAACCAUGGCACUUCAUCUUUUAAAGUAGCAUUGCCAAGAGAGGAAUUUUCUUGGGAGAGAGGUUUCCCAUCAGCCAAAUCUCCUGAGCCCCCAACAUUUGCACUUUCUGGAGGGGGUGGGGGGUGUUGAGUAGAAACUAAGUAUUCUUUGGCAUCCAGAACAAGAGAGGCAGGUGGCAGCCCUUUUUGAGCUAUGCCAUGGCCAUCUUGUCAGACCUUCACCGGAGCUCAUGAAAAGCCUUUCUGUUGUGUUCUUUGCAGUGCAGAUGAUGUCUGUGUAGCAACAUAAUGGUUAUUCACCUUUUUUCGAUUUUGAUUUUUUUGCUGUGUUAUCAGAAAAAAAAAAAACUUGAAUACUGUGAGAAGAAGUGAAUUUUCAGUUGAUGAAUCAGCAUCUUGUUCCCAUGGUGAUAACACUAAUUGAAUAUAUCUAUGAGGGCAUGUAUUAGUUAAUGGAAAACAAUACAACACUAACAAUACAUAGCUGCAAUGUUGUACAAUGGCUGAUUUAACUAAAUAAAAUGUACAAGUGUUAAAUGUG